AUGGUGAACUUUUACCUGACCCUAUUUCACUCCAGUUCACAAAAAGCAGAGGAUCCUCAGGACGAUGAUAACAUAUGGAAACCGCCAGGUCUCAUAGAGGGAAACAGCUCCAAAUCAGGUUCCAGAACGCGCUCUAUUUCCCUCUCCCGAUUACUCGCACGCGACAAUGAGCCUGUCCUUAUAACUCCACAGGUGAGCCAUGACCACGAGCAGGAAGAGAAGAAAACUGGCAGCUUUUUGAAAUUGAAGUCUUUGUUCAAGUUUUCCGCUUCACCGGAAACAAAGUCAACUGAAUCUCCUCAAGCAGAGUUGCCAAGUGUGGAGGAUUUGGACCAGGUUCCUAAACUCUCACCCCCUGCAAGGGAUACCAGUAACAUGUUAAAGGUGUUUUCGCUCGGAAGACGUAGGCUGGCUUCGACGUACACGGCCCAGGAGGCCCAAACUGCCAUGAGCAAACAUUCUGAUGCAUUGAAAAGCAGUCCUAUUGUUGACAAUAACCCAUACUUUGCUCACCAAGGCUUACCACCUCAUAUGAAAGAUAAAGAGGGAACGCCGGUGUACCCAACAGAUAGUUCUGUCAAGAUUGCGCUUCGUCAGAAUGAUGAAAAUGGCCAAAGUCCUGGAUCCCCUGAAAGACGUCUAGAGUCGCCCACGAGGGCUUUCAGUUCGCCAACAAAGGGAUUUCUUAGUCCUGAAAAGAGAUCAAGUAAAGUCUUACAUUCAAGUAACAACAGCAAAUGGCUCGCCACCGACAAGGACACAUCUCAAAAGGAGGCAUUCUCAGCACCCCUGACACCUCUACGCAAAACCCUUCGUCGUGUUGCAUCUGCGCCCCUAGUAAAUCGUCUUUUGAGUGAAAAAUCUCUGCCUCAGAUACAAGAAAAAACCUUUGAACUUGAAGAUCAUAUCGGAGAGCUUGAUCUAACCAAAACACGUCCUCGGACUAAUACACAAGGCAGAAUAUAUAGUCACCAUUCCACCCGGAUUACGGAUGCUCAAGUGAAUCAAGAGUGUUUCGAGAAAAUUCGCCUUUUAGGAAAAGGUGACGUCGGCAAAGUGUUUCUCGUUCGCGAGAAAACAUCCUCUCGACUUUACGCUAUGAAGGUCUUAAACAAAAAGGAGAUGAUCGAGAGAAACAAGAUCAAGAGGGCUCUUGCAGAAAGAGAGAUUUUGGCAACUAGUAAUCACCCUUUUAUUGUUACUUUGUACCAUUCCUUUCAGCUGCAGGAUUCGUUGUACUUGUGCUUAGAAUAUUGCAUGGGAGGAGAGUUUUUUAGGGCUCUUCAAACAAGGGAGUCAAAAACUAUUGAUGAAGAGGAUGCAAAGUUCUAUGCUGCAGAAGUGACGGCAGCUUUGGAGUACUUGCACCUCCUGGGCUUUAUCUAUCGUGACUUAAAACCGGAGAAUAUCUUACUCCAUCAGCUGGGUCACAUUAUGUUGAGCGAUUUUGAUCUCUCAAAACAAUCAGGAUCUAUAAGAAAUCCAGAGAUCCAGCUAAAUAAAACACACAGCUCUUCAAGUGCCCAUAUUGACACCAAGGCCUGUAUUGAUGGCUUCAGGACAAAUUCUUUUGUUGGUACAGAAGAAUAUAUAGCUCCAGAGGUUAUCAAAGGAAAAGGACACACAAGCGCAGUUGAUUGGUGGACAUUGGGUAUUUUUAUCUUUGAAAUGUUGUAUGGUACCACUCCAUUCAAGGGAAAAGAUCGAAAAGCCACUUUCGGCAACAUUUUGAAAAAAGAGGUGCGCUUCGUUGAUACAAAGAAUGUGUCGUCAUCAUGCAAGAGCUUGAUUCGCAAGCUUCUCAUAAAAGACGAAAUGAAACGACUUGGUUCCAAGAUGGGCGCAUCCGAUAUCAAAAACCAUCCGUUCUUCAAGAAUACUCAGUGGGCUUUGCUACGGAACCAGAAACCUCCUAUGAUCCCUGUCCUCACGAAAAGUUCGAAAUCCGAGCAAAGAACCAGAUUAUCUCAAAGCAAGGACGAGGGCUUACUCCCACCAGCUCCAAGCAGUGGAGAGGAUCCGUUUGCUCUGUUUAGCUCGGUCUCUUUACACUACAACGAAAACGAAAUCGACGAUGCACCAAUCAUGGGGUCUGAGAACACUUUGUACACAAGUGUUGCCUACACGAUGACAAACCGGCCGGAUUCCGAACAAAGAAAAAACAAAAACUUCUUGCGAAAAUAA